GUCUUUCUACAAUCGAGAAGAAGAUGCGAUGUGUUGACAGAAAUGUAGCAGAGGAGCACCAAUCUGCACCACAGGAUGCUCAGCCUGAUCUGAGAAGUCUGAUGGCUCAAUAUGCUUUGCCAAAUGUUCACUCAGUCGCCAAGGAUCUGGAAUCUAUGAGCAGCCUGGAAGCGACAUCGGCAUUUCGCACUACGCUAGAGCAGUUCAAUGCUGCUUUCGAUGCGAAUAGCACUGAGGACCUGGAGAAUUGCCUGUUUCCUGAGCAAGCCUUCUGGAAGGAUCAACUGGCAUUGACCUGGCAUCUACGCACUUUCAUCUCUCCAGCUCAGGUUGCGAAAAAUUUGCUGGAGACCAAGAGCCUAAGAAUGAUGACUGGUAACUUCGAGAUUACAGGAGAAGCCGAGUUUGUACAGGCUGGACCAAGUCUAACUGGCUCACCGGCUGCUACCUGCAGUGGAAUGAUGUGGCUAUUGCCUGUCGUGAGACAGGCGUCGGAUGAUGGCACCUCGAACUUGACAUGGAAGAUCUGGAUUCUGAGCACCAAGCUUGAAAAGCUUGAAGAACACCUCGAGGACGAAUCUCUGCUUCGAACCGCUGGCAGGUACUCAGAGGGCCUGGCUGAGAUUGAAACAGACGUUUUCAUCGUCGGAGCUGGUAAUGCGGCCGUGGCACUUGCAGCACGCUUGAAGGCUUUAGGGGUGCACAGUGUCAUGGUUGACCGUAAUCCAUCUGUCGGCGACAACUGGGCUCUGCGCUACGACUGCAUGAAGUUUCAUAUCCCAACGUCGUUUUGUGAGCUACCUUAUCUGAGAUACUCUGACGAGCUUCAGGGUCAGAUGCUCACUAGAAACGACCUCGCGACACAUGUCAAGAAUUACGCGCAAACUUUCAACCUCGACAUCAUCCAUUCGGUCGAGAUUAUCCAGACGGCGCGACGCGAUGACGGUCAAUGGCAGAUCAAGUUUAGAACUGCAGAUAAACGCGAGGUCACGGCUACCGCCAGACAUCUGGUUCAGGCUACCGGUAUUGGAUCGCAGAAACCCUACGUCCCGUCCAUAACAGAGCGAGAGGCAUACAUGGGCACAAGUCUGCACUCUUCAGAGUUCAAGAACGCGACUGAGUUGAAAGCUCAAGGGAUCAAGACGGUGUGUAUCGUCGGUUCAGCAAACACAGCAUUCGAUGUGCUCGAGGAUUGCCAUGCCGCUGGACUCCAGGCCACCAUGAUAUCAAGAUCGCCUACAUACAUCGUACCUCUCGAGUACGUGUGCGACAAGUACAGUCUUGGCGCCUAUGAUUAUGGUGUCGAAGCAGCCGAUAGCCUAUUCAUGAUGCUCCCGACAAUAGUAGAUGCUCAACUCGGACGUGGACUAUUUGCGCAACUGGCUUCGAAGGAACCCGACCGCUACUCUGCUCUCAAGGAUCUUGGAUUCCCGAUUUUCGAUAGUCGUGACCCUAGUGCUGCCCUGAUGCACAAUCUGAUUGAGCGUGGAGGUGGACACUAUGUCGAUACCGGCGCUACAUCUCUCUUGACCCAGAAAAAGUCANGCUUUGUGGCUAACGUGGAACCCAAGGCAUACACACCCACCGGGCUCCGACUAUCCGAUGACACAACACUAGAAGCCGACGCCAUUCUAUGGUGCACAGGGUUCUCAGACAAAGAUGUCCGGCAAACAGUAAAAGAUAUACUCAAGAUCUCACUGCCCGUUGAUGCUACAUGGGGUGUUAACGAGCAGGGAGAAAUUCGCGGCAUGUGGAGGAGACACAGCAAUGUCAGCAACUUCUGGGUCAUGGGUGGGUAUACGCAGCAACACCGUUGGUUUUCAAAACUGCUGGCGCUGCAGAUUAAAGCUGAGCUGGAAGGUAUCCUGCCUGCGGCUUAUGGUAUGGAUUUUCCAGCACAUGUA